GCCAACUAGUUCAUCAUGGAGAGCCGCUCGGGCAGCAUAAAGGACCCCAUGUACUACCCGGAGAACGACGGCGCGUCAAGCAGCGGCGGCGGUGGUGGCAGCGGUGGUGAACCCGCCGACAAGAGUCAACGCAGCUCCCUCGGCAGCCAGGAGAUCAGCCUGGAUGAUACCAACGCGCUCAAGGUGCCGCGGAAAUUUAUCGCCAACUGGCGGCAGGCGUGCGACAGGACGCGCGACCGGACCAAGGACCUCCUCAAGAGAUGGCGGACCACCACUAGCCACGGCGGGGAGCUCGCCGUCGAGCCCGUCAUCGUCCCCGAACUGGAGCAGCCCAAUUGGAGCGUGCACGUUUGGACGACCUGGGUGAGCCGCUUCCCAAGUGACGACAGUCUGUCAGCUAUCGAGCUCAGCAAGACCACAGGCUCGCAGACCUUAGCCCCCAUACAGCGCGACAAGUUCUCGCAUUUCUUCACGUAUCUCUUGGAUCACGAUAGGGAUGGUUGCGUCAACAGGAAGGAUUUCGCUCUGCUCUCGGAGCGUUUGAGAAGAUUCGCGGAUUGGUCGUGGAACGGACCGGAGUACUUGAGGUUGCUGGAGAUCGAGAAUGGAUUCGCCGGAUUGAUCUUUCAAGACAAAAGGAUUGAAUCGGACAAGAAGAUUGAUCUCGACGAUUGGCUAUCGUGGUGGGCGCAGAUAGUCGCACCCCCGGAUGGUGCCAGUUACAACGACAUGCCGUUCUGGAUCAAAGUUAUGCCCAGGGUGUUCUUCCUUGCCAUAAACAGCUCUGGAAGCGGAAUGAUCAGCAAGAAGGAACUCGCGGCCUUUUAUGGGACUGUGGUCGGCCUGGAUACCGACAGGAUAAACAAGUGCCUGGAUAUCGCGUACAACUCCAUGACCUCGAACGGGGAUCAUCCGCUCGGCUGGAUGCAGUACCAGUUGGUGUUCGCCAACUUCCUGUUUGGUCGCGGCCCGUUCGGUCCGGGGGAGCACUUCUUGGGUAUGACGGACUCUUGCAUGAUACGCGGCAAUACCAUACCGUUCCCCAUCGAUUACUCCGCGAUGAACACACCGAGGGACAAAUUAGAGGUGUACAGUCCGCACUGCAAGAGCAACAGGCGAAGCGUCGUAGUCUAACACCAUCCACCAUCGUCUAAAGCCAUCGUGAGAGUUCCUUCUAAUUAGUGAGACGCAGCGUGCACAAUCAUUCCUCGAGUGCCUAAUACCGUGUGUACCGUAUUGGAGAUGGAUCUAUUUUUAUGUUGAAUCGAUUGUUCUGCAAGAGAAAGAAUCGCGACGGGAGAUUUGGAGCGGAGGUAGCGUCCAACCUGCACAUGCAUUCUAAUGUCCACGAAAUCAACUUUGUUUCGUAAUAUAGGAGCGUAAUUAAUGGGUCCACUUCCUUGUACACCAACACCACUGCCAUGUACCUUGUGGGAGCAACCUGAGUGCACACAUCGCACGUAUCGAGCGUACGUAGAUUGAUCUUAGAAUAGAAUACGCGCAGAAUAUACAAAGAAGCUUUAUUUAAAAAUAGAAAAGGAUAAAAGGUAGGAUUAACGUUGACACGAUGCGUUUGUAAAACUGUUAUUUUCAUGUAGAGAUGUCUUAGAGUUAGAGCAGGUGAACUUUUAACGAGAGCAAAAGAACGACGAUCGUGUACUUACAAAAUUUAUUUCAAGCUCUUGGCACUUAGUAUUUAUUACACGUCGAAGUCAUCCACACACGACGCUACGUGUGAGGUACGAUACCUGCGUACGAUACAAUGAAAAAUCGGCUCUGAACACUCGCAUCACGAGACGAGACGAAGUUUCUAUGCAGAAUAAUAUUAUUAUUGCUGCCUACGAAUAAUGAGAAAAUAACGAAGACACUUCUUUUCGACUGUGCUCGUACCUACAUUAAAUAUCUCUAUAAAC